AUGCCAGAGGACAUGGCAAAGACUGAAAAGUCAAUUGAUAAGGAUGUAAAGAAGGCAAGGGAGGUAAAGAAGAUUAAGACAUUCUUGAAUAAGAUCGUUAUUAGGAAAUUACCUCCAAAUUUGAGCAGCGAGCAGUUUCUUGAAAUAAUUUCGCCGAUUCCUGACUAUACAGACUUUUAUUUUGUGAAAGCUGAUUGGUCAUUAGGUGCUGAGUCGACAUCUCGUGCAUAUAUUGAAUUCAAGAAUCAGGAAGAUAUCUUCAUUUUCAAGGAGAAAUUCGAUGAGUACGUGUUUAUUGACAAUGUUAGAGGCACAGAAUAUCCAGCGAUUGUAGAAUAUGCUCCAUUUCAAGGACUUCCAAAGUCACGAGCACGAAAAAAGGACAAACAUGCAGGCACAAUUGAAACUGAACAGCACUUCCUUAACUUUUUGGACAUGCUAAAGCUAGAGGAAACUGAGGCACAAAAGACAGAACCAAAACUUGAAUACAGUUAUCAAAUAAAAGACGAUAAGAAAAUCACAUCAACACCACUUUUGGAGUUUCUGGCUGCUGCUAAGGAAGAGAAGCGUGAGGCAAAGAAAAAGAAAAUCGAGGACAAAAAGAAACAGCGUGAUGAUGAUAAACAAAAGAAAAAGAUACAAAUUGUUAAAAAUAUUCCAGAGUCAAUAAAAGAGUCAAAAGAAGAAAUUGUCUAUGACGAUGGCAUAAUGGUCCGUACAGUUCCAUCUCGACUCGGUCGUAAUGAUAAAAAUUCAAAGAAGGAUUCAAAAAGCGACAGUAAAUCAGUGGAAAAAGAAAAUGCUGAUAAAGAAAAGCGUGAAAGGAGAGAAAAGGAACGCGAUGAAAGAAAGAAAUUUCUUCGUGAAAAAGAUGAAAAACGGAAGCAGGAAAGAGAUCAGCAGAGAGCUAAAGAACGUGAAGAAAAGAAAGAAAAAGCAGCAGCUGCAGCUAUUAAAAAUGCUGAAAAGAAAGUCGAACAGACUCAAAAUGUUGUUGAAGAACCGCCAAAAGCUUCACAGUCAUCACAACCACCAAAACGUGAAAUUAAAAGGUACAGUGAAUUGCGUAAAGCACGUCAAGAGAAAAAUGACCCAAAAGAGCCUGAAAAUGUCGAUGAAAAUGCUAAAUCAGUUGAAAAAGAGGAAUUCAAGGAAGAGCUGGCUGAAAAAAGUGAACCUAGUAAGUCUGAUGACAAGGAAGACGCUAGAUUCAAAAGAAUUCAGGAACUGAGAGAUAAACGUGCUAGACAAAAGGAAGAAAGAAAGAAUGCAGCAAAAUCUAGUUCCAAUAAACAUGAUAAAGGCAAGCACACUAAAGAAUCCAAGCCAGAUGCUGAAAAAAUGGAACCAACAGACAAUAAAGAUGAAACAGACAGUAAGCAAGAAGAUCCAAGAUGGAAAAAGAUCCAGGAACAGCGUGAAAUAAGACGUCAACGAGAAAAGGAUGAACGAGCACAGCGUCAAAUCCGCAAUAAAGACCGUCCAACGAUUCAAAUUUAUAGACCAAAAAGAGGAUCCGACACAAAAUCAGAUGGUAAUGGACCAACUUCAGAUGAAAAUUCUGAAUCAAAUCGCAAGCCAAAAGGUGAUGAAAAGAAAAUGUCUAGACGAGAUUCACGUGACGAAAGGAAUCGCGGAAAGAAAGAUUCUCGUAAAAACAGUAGCGAUAAAGGCGAAGAUGAAGUUUUUGUAGAGAAGCAAGUUGACGAUCAAGUUGAAAGCUCGACUAAGUCAAGUGACAUUGUGACUGAAAAAAUGGAAGAAUUAUCAUUGGAACCUGCAAAGCCUGCAACAGAAAAUUUUGAGUAA